AUGGACCCCACCCCAGAAUCAAAAGAAGGGGACUACAACUGGAGGGGCAGUGAUUUCACGCUGAAGAAUACCAAGGCCCUGACCCAACAAUUGACAAAGACAAUGGUCGAUUUGCACUUGAAGUGCCUGGUUCACCAGGUGGAUUUCGACCUAGCAGCUGUCUUUCUGAUGCAGGAGAUGCCCAACUCCAACAUCUGGAAAAUCAUCAAGAUGGUCCUGGAAGCCUUUGGCCACACUGACCUUCCAAGUCUGAACCAUACAGCCUCCCACCCAAAACCCCCACCAACUCUGUGA